AGAUGGAAUGCUAGCUUACAAACACUGGCACGAGCUUGAGCUUACAAUAUAUUGCACUUGUAGCUUGAUUACACAGUAUUUUCUCUUCUACGAGCCUAAUCGCGCACCAAUGGGACAGUACUGGAGAAUAAUGAACAUCGAUAACGAGGAAUCCACUGGGGGCCUGGGAAAACUAGGGGAAUUUUUCUGGUACUCAAGCCAGAUUAUCAGCUAUCUCAAGACCCCGCCUGUAAUUCCCUCAUCUUUCCUCACUUCAUCUGGCAUUUUUGAAGAGAAAUCACAGAAACGCAAAGAGGAUCCCACAUCGAUAAUUUUAUCUCUUCCAAAUGAGCUCUUGCUUGCGAUAGCUGAAGAGCUGUUGGAAGAAUAUCUCGAUCUUAUCUGCUUUUCUCUAACGUGCUCGUGCAUAUGGGAUGUGACUGAACAAGUCCGAUAUCGAUCUCUCUAUUCCAGAUUAAAGACGAGCAGCUGGGCUGGUGGUCGUAUAAUUCUUUUGGGAGAUUACGCCGGAGCAUUGCCCAAGGGGCUUCUCACCGAUGCAGAGAAGAAGCAGUUCGAGUUACACGGCCACGAUGAUGAUGACCUAGGGGCACUUCUCUAUUACUAUGCUGACGAAAAGUUCGAGAGGCCGCCGGCAAACAUUUCCCUCCUCACCGACAAAAGGAUCCAGGCUAACCGUAUCCUUCGUAAAGAACUGCUUGCAUAUAGUCAUCGUGAGCCGUUCUCCCCUUGGAUCUGGCUAUGGGGAGAUUUCACCCCUAGCCGGUCGCCGCAGGACCGUUGGAUAGUCCGUAACCUCACUAAACAGGAAUAUGUAAUCAAGACCAGAUCGCGCAACCUCACUCAGAUACUUUACUGUCUUAUCGGAUGCUCCGAUGACCCUUCCGUUUCCAUGCGUGGAGGCGAGCUACUCAUCCAUGGAGCAUGGGCAGGAGAUAGGAUUGACAUCACACUUGUCUCAUUCCAUAAACAAGAGCAUGAAGAUGAAUCUGGUUGGACCAACAUCACUGCCGGAGUGAAGAAAACAUUGGAGGAACUAGCUGCACGGGAGAUGCGUGAAUUUGAAUUCUAGAGAUCUUUUUGGGCUCUAUAGGUGACUACAUGGGCCCGAUUCUACCUAGGCCCUCCAUCUAUCAAUACCACUUAUGUAUCCCUCCUCUUGGUGGUCUUGCUUCCCUGCUUGCUCGCAAGCAAGAUUGAGUGUGAUACUAGUCGAGUACCAGACUGACGAUAUAUACAAUGUUCAUGUAUAGUGUGAUGCGAUGGAGUGAUAAUAUGCAGAAUUCGA